AUGAAAAAUAAUAUUGUCUCGACAUUGAGAGUUAUAGUGCUGGUAAUCGGAGUUACAAAAGUAGUACAUGCAAAGGAUAACAAGUUUAAAGAUGAACUGCUAGAUUUUUCCCUGUUAUCAAAUAUUUUUAAGGCGCUUAUCAAACCAUACAUACAUCCAAUACAAGCACCGUAUAAAGCAGUCCUUAGAUCUGUCCAUGAAUUGUCGGUGGGAAGGACAAUAAAAAACAAAGUAGAUGAGUUGAAACCACUAUUGCAAGAUUUAGACGUGACUGAUGACAUGAACGAUAAUCUAACAUUAGAAGGCAAAGAUGAAACAACAAUUAUUGAAUUUUUACCUAAAUACAAAACAAAACAUGAAAAUAAUUUGAAAAUACAAGAUAAGAGAUCUGAAUCAUUAAAAUCAAACAUACAGAAAUACAAAAAUGUGAGGAGGAAAAUUAAAAAACAGCUUGAAAAUGAGCAUGUUUCAGGUAAGACACAGAAUUUAGUAAUGCAUACAUUUGACGAUCUGUUGGCAAAAUUAUUAGGUAGUCAAUGUAAUUGGAAAAAUUAUACACGUGAUAAAGUUAAAAGAAAUGAAAUUAAUAGAUUACAAAGUUCAAUGACAGUAGCACAAUCUUGGAGCAAGGGAUGGAACAUGUUAAAAGAAGAGUAUUCCGAAUUAACAAAAGAUCAACCGACUAACAACACAAAUCCAGGUGUGAAGUUAUUUACAUUUUUCAACCAAAUACAAGAAUUUUUAUCUCACAUUUUCAAAGAUGCCGUCGAUCUGUCAGAUCAUUACACUGUAAUGUGUAAAUUUGUGAAGAAGGAUGUUAAUAAUGAAAAUGUAAAUAAUAUGUCUGGUGAUACAAAUGAUUUAAGAAGUGAUAAACAAAUAAAUAAGAAACACAAGUGUCCAAAUUUCAAAAUGUGCACAAAUGAACUAAAAAAGUUCAUGUUUGCUUUAUACAACUCCAUAAAUGACACAGCUAUUAGCGUUUUAAAAAAUUACGCCUCAAUGUAUGUGAGUGAUGUAAAUACAGAUGGAAGUAAUGAAAAAGAAGUUGUUGUUAAUUUAAUUAAUAAAUUUGGGGACAUAUCAAAACGUAAAGUGAGUAAAAUAUUCAGAAAAGAAACUUCACGUUUUAACUUAGACAAAAAUAAGAAUAAAGAAAAUAAUAUUAAAUAUUUGAAACUUUAUAUUAAAAAUACGAUAAUGAAAUGCAAAGAGAGUAUAACAAGUAAGUUGGAUGACAAUUUGCAACCGCCUAAAGCCAGGCUGUUAUUAGCAGUCAAACAAGAUAUUCGUGUAAACUUCGAUGUAGAUUUCGGUAAUCUCGAAAGAGAUUUAAAAGGAACUAUAUGUGUGGCUUUUUCAACGUGUAACGGUAAAUAUAAUGCUAGAGGAAAUAUCAAAACCAAACGUUACGGUGUCGAUAGGAACAGUAUUUAUGUUAAAGUGCAGUUCAAUUUAGAUGAUGUAAUUAAGGAUAAAAUAGUGAAAACUGGAGAAUCUAUUUUUAGGCCUGGGGUAAGAGCUGCAAACCAUACUGAUCAACGCUACAAAAAAUUUAGAAAGUAUCUUGAUCGUACUCCAGUAAUAAUUGAAGAGAAAUACAACAAUAUUAUUGUCACUAGAACAACAUAUGGAAAAUCAAUUCAAAAUCUAACUCUAACUACAAAGAGUGGUACAAAUCAAUGAAGUGUCUUCAUCUACACUAAUAACUCUAAA